AUGUCCAACAAAGCUCUUGUCUUCAAAAAGGUCCCCCAGGGAUAUCCUGUGCCCGGAGAGCACAUCGUGAUUGAGCCGGCCUCAUAUGACGCCAGCACUCCUGCUCCGGAGGGUGGUGUCGUCCUGCACUCUCUUUACGCUAGCUUUGACCCGUACAUGCGCUUCCGUAUGCGCCCCGAGGAGGUCAAAUCCCACGCCCCGGCGUUCUCCUUGAACCAGCCCAUCGACAGCGCGUCCAUCGCCAAGGUCAUCCGCUCUAAAAACACCAACUACAAGGAGGGCGACAUCGUUACCGGCCACAUGCCCAUCCAGGAGUACGUCGCGCUGGGUGCCGAGCAGACCGCAAACAUUAAGCCCCUCGAUAACCCCCUCGGCAUUGAGGACGUCCGUGUUUUCCUCGGCGCUCUGGGUAUGCCCGGUCUUACCGCCUAUUCUUCUCUCUACGAGAUCGGAAAGCCAAAGAAGGGCGAGACUAUAUUUCACGAGGGUCUCAAGGUCAUCGGCAGUGUCGGUUCGGACGAGAAGCUAGAGUACAUUACCAAGGACCUAGGCUUCGAUGGUGGAUUUAACUAUAAGAAGGAGGCCCCGAAGAAUGCACUCGCCCGCCUCGCCCCCCAGGGCAUUGACAUCUACUACGAGAAUGUCGGCGGUGUGCACUUGGAGGCCGCUCUGGACGCCCUAAAUAACUUCGGCCGGGUCGUCGUCUGUGGUCUGAUCUCACAGUACAACUCGGAGCCAUAUCCGAUUAAGAACAUCCUCAAUGUGUUCACCAAGCGCCUGGAUAUUCGUGGCUUCUUCUCCGGCGACCAGGGUAUGGGUGACAAGUACGCCGUGGAGCACCAGAAGAAUAUGCAGAAGUGGAUCAAGGAGGGCUCGUUCAAGACUCUCACUCACGAGACGGCUGGUAUCGACAAUGCCGCGGACGGCUUGGCGGGUAUCUUCCAUGGAAAGAACAUGGGCAAGGCUGUGCUGAAGUUCUAA